ACUCACACACACACACACACACAUAUGCUCUGACAAACACACUCGCAGCUGUUGAUACUUUUCUCUCUGAUGACCGCCCGGCUGCGGAGCCUGAAGGAAUCCGGGAGAGCUCGGUGUCUGUUCGCAGCUCGACCCGGGAGCACCGAUAAGAAAAGCUCCUGACGGGACGAGCGGAGGGACUUGGUUUUAUCGCCCGCUAACCCGGCUCUCGCUCUCAGUCGCUGGUAUCCCGCUGCUCCCCCUUUCAUUCGGCUCUUUCUCCCGGCUUUUCUGUUGGAUUUUUUAAUUAAUUUUUUUUUUUUACGCGCGCGUGAGCUCGGCGGUGGAACGCGGAGACAUGAGUUUUGCCCGGGACCGCUGCCUGCUCUCGCCCAUUCACUGACCGAGGAGGGAAAAAGAAGGUGAGCCGGAGCCGCGGGCGUAGCGCAGACGAGCGAGAGGGCCAGCAGCCAUGAGCAGCCCGGGCGACCACCGGGGGGUGGUGACCACCCCUCCCCCGGCCGGCGGGGGAACCAAGGAGCGCUACUUCGACCGGGUGGACGUCAACGACCCCGAGUACAUCCGGGCCCGCAACAUGUCGCCCGACCUGCGGCAGGACUUCAACGUCCUGGAGCAGAAGAAGCGCGUGACGCAGAUACUCCAGAGCCCCGCUUUUAAGGAGGAGCUGGAAUGUUUGAUCCAGGAGCAGCAGCGGAAAGGCAACAACCCGACGGGGCUGCUGGCGCUCAGGCAGAUUGCCGAUUUCUUCAUGGCCAGCUCGGUGGCCGGCUUCAGCACGUCCCCUCUCAGCCUGGGGAUGGUGACACCCAUCAACGACCUGUACGGAGCGGAGUCUUCCACGAUGGUGAAGGGCGAGAAGCUGACGCGCUGUAAACUGGCCAGCCUCUACAGGCUGGUGGACCUAUUCAGCUGGGCGCAUUUCGCCAACUCCUACAUCACAGGCCGCGUCAGCAAAGAGCAAGACCACAUACUCAUCAUCCCCAGAGGUCUGUCGUUCGCAGAGGCUUCUGCUUCAAACCUGGUGAAGGUGAACAUCAUCGGAGAAGUGAUUGAGCAGGGCUCCACCAACCUGAGGGUGGACCCGGCGGGUUUCAGCCCGCACGCCGCCAUCUACUCCAUGCGCCCGGACAUUCGCUGCGUCAUACACGUGCACACUCCCGCCACGGCAGCCGUGUCAUCCAUGAAAUGCGGCAUCUUGCCCAUUUCCCAGGAGGCGUUGAUCUUGGGCGACAUCGCCUACUACAACUACCAGGGCAGCCUGGACGACCAGGAGGAGCGCAGAGAGCUGCAGAAGGCCCUGGGGCCCACGGCAAAGGUUCUGGUGCUGAGAAACCAUGGCGUGGUUGCCCUGGGGGAGACCAUCGAAGAGGCCUUUCACUACAUCUACAAUGCCCAUUACGCCUGCGAAAUCCAGGUAAAUGCCAUCUCAUGCGCCGGAGGGGUGGACAACCUCAUAGUGCUCGACCAGGAAAAGUACAAGUCGCGGGUGUACGCCGUGGCCUCAGCGGCGAGCGUCAACAUGGCCGGUCAGUACAAGUGGAAGAUCGGCGAGCUGGAGUUUGAGUCCCUGAUGAGGAUGCUGGACAAUCUGGGCUACAGGACGGGCUACGCCUACAGACACCCCAUCAUCCGAGAAAAACCCCGGCACAAGAGCGAGGUGGAGAUCCCCGCCACCGUCACGGCCUUCAUGUUUGAGGAGGACGGCGAGGCCACGCGGCUGCCCUUCAAGUUCCUGCAGCAGCGGCAGCAGAGGGAGAAGACGCGCUGGCUCAACUCCCCCAACAGCUACACCAAGGUCAGCGUGGAGGGCGGAGAGGAGCGCUACAACAGCCGGACCACCACGUGGAUGAAGGCGGAAGAAACAGGAACUCCCAUCCGGAUUGAGGACCCCAACCAGUUUGUCCCCCUCAACACCGACCCCAGUGAGGUCCUGCUGAAGAGGAACAAGAUCAGGGAGCAGAACCGCUUUGAUGUGAUGACAUCGGGGCCUCGCUCUCAGCACCUUGCCGGGAUCCCCGUUGAUGAACCACGACGGGAACUGGGGCAGUUAGGAACUUUGCCAUACGUGCCCACAGAGGAGGAGCAGAUGGCUCCUCUUCCUCCCAACCCUUUCAGCGAGCUGUCGGCAAAGGAACUGGAGGAGUACCGCAAGAACGUGGAGCGAAGGCAACUGGGCCUCGGCGAUGGCGAGCACGAGCUAACCUCCGACGACGGCUCCACUCUCUCACAGUCUCUGUCUCUCACCCAGUCUCCACAAAGCACUCCGGCUAAAGAAGAGAACCACACGGGCCUGAUGAACGGGAAGGACGGCCACGACGAGGAGCUGUCCAAGCGCGUCAGCCAGCUGACCACCAGCGUGGAGAGCAUGGAGAUCGGCGUGCGCCCGGGGGAGAAGAUCGAGGAGGCGCUGUCCCCCGAGAGCUCCCCCUCCAAGUCGCCCAACACCAAGAAGAAGAAGAAGUUCCGCACCCCGUCCUUCCUGAAGAAAAACAAAAAGAAAGAGAAGACGGAGGCCUGAGAGCUGGCGGGCAGCAGGGUGGGGGGGGGUGAGGGGGUGAGGGGAGGGGAGGGGAGGCAGGAAAAGCACCUGCUGGAAGAAAGAAAGAGGGGCCAGCCCUCCUCCCCCUCCCCCCCCACUACUGUUGAAUGUCUCUGUUUUUGUUUUGUCUACGUUUUUCAGUGUCUUUUUACGUCUUUUGUUUUUAAUUUUAUUUGAUUUCUU